CUGCAGAAGGACUGGCGAGAAUGAUGACCAUCAUCGUUGAGAUAUUUGGGGAGUUCGGACUGACGGUGUCAGAGAAGACGACGGAGACGCUCCUGAUGCGCGCGAAGGACAAGACGACUACAUCAUCACAGCCCGCCCCGCUUCCGCCGCUGACCAUCGAAGCCACGGGGCAGAAAUACGCCCAAACGACCGAGUUCCGGUACCUCGGUGGCCUCGUCAACGAACAUGGCGACCUCACCCGGGAGAUCAACUACAGGAGCAGAGGAGUGUGGGCGUGCCUCAGGCGAUAUGGCCGGGAGCUCUUCGACAGACCGAAAUCGCCAUUCCGACCCAAGAUCCGCCUGCUCCAGGUGGGGGCGAUGAAGGCACUGCUGUACGGCUGCGUGACAUGGUCACCACUCAGCGGCCACUGUCAGACGCUGCGGUCGAUACACCACCGACUGCUCCAUCGAGUUAUCGGGUACGAGCGCAUGAAAGACACCUACCGGCAGUUCUCUUACGCCCAGACGCUGAAGAGGGUCGAAUGCCAGAGCGUUGAAGCCACGAUCCGACAACGGCGCCUGCUAUUCGCGGGAGCAAUGGCAAGGCAGCCGGACGGGCGACUCCCGAAACGACUGGUGCUCGGCGAACUGGCGGGGGGGGAGAAGCGACGUAGUGCGGGACAGGAACAGAACUGGCCGAAGUGUGUGCUCGACGACCUGAAGGCAUUCGGGGCUGACCACGGAUCUACGAAAACCGAUCCAUGUUGUCUCGGAAUCCCGGUACCGAAAGACACGGGACCGAAGUUAAAGUGGACGGAAGCCGCGAAGGUGGAGGAGGGAGUACCCUGGCAUGCGGCGGUGCUAAUGGGAGCUGACAGGUUCAUGACCUCCUGGCACGAGAAGGAAGAAGAGGCCAGCCGACAACGGGAGCUCAAACGAAACCCCAAGCCAACAACCAAUGGGGCGAAAGGCGGGCACAAGGACGAGACGGCGAAGGAAGAAAGCAAACGAGAAUAG